GCAGGAGAAGUUGAAGGCCGAGGAGGCUCGAUUGAUCGAGGAAGACGUUGAAAAAUUUCGCCUGGAGGAGCAGCGGAAGCACGAGGAGCGCAUGAACAAGCUCCAGGCUCACAAGCGCGAGUUGGAGAAACAGAUCAGGGAGAACGAGGCCAACUUGAAGAGUAUCGAAGAAUCCAUAAGAAAGGCGGAGAUCGAGGAUAGGAAAAAUAUGAGUAAGGAACUCGAGGAAAUCAAUGAAAGGGAGGUGCAGCAGUUGCUGGACAAGAAGAAGAGAUUGAAGAGGAUGUUUCUCGAGGCCAUCGAGGAGAAGAAAGAGCAAGAGCUGAAGAUCAAGCGGGAGGAAGAGUUUCAGAGGAAAUCCAUGAAAAUUUAUCAGGAUAACAAAGUGCAGGUGGACAAAACAAUGAAAGAGAAGGCGAAGGCGGAAAUAGAGAAAAAGAUACGUAAGCUCGAGAUAGUGGGUAAACGUUUUCGAAGGAUCGCGGAUAUGAAACAACGUGCCAAUGAGAAAGAAGACAAAAAGAAGGGAGAAGCUGACAAAGAGAUCGAGGAGAAGAGCAAAAGGGAAUUACUGGAGUUGAUCGAAAAAAAUAGGCAAAAGAAGGAGAAGGCUCGCCUGGAAUCGCUAGAAAAUAUGAAAAAGUACGAGGAGCAGUCAAAGCUGCGGAAAAAAGAAGAAAUGGACUUGAAACUUUGGGAGACCCUACAAAGGUACAAGCGGGAUGAGUUCAAUAGAGAGUGGAAUCUUCAAAAAUUGGAGGAAGAAAAGAGCAAAAAGAUGAAUUACGGUAAAAUCCUCAAGAAACAGAUGGAAGAAAACGAUGUCAAAAGAGAAAAAGCUGCUGCCGACGCUGAUGAUUCCGCAAUUAUCAACGAGAUGAUAAAUAAAGAAAAUGAAAAAGUAUUGACCUUUGGGGAAAGAGUUUUGGAGGAAUCUCGUGGAGUUCGACCGAUUCAUUUGAUUGUUAAAACUAUGGAGGGACUGAAAAAAGACAUGGGUUUGAUUCCCCUGACGAAAGCAGAAAAUAGUUAUGAGGUCAGUUCUGUGCCGAAGAAAAAGCGGGGACAUCGAACUUUUUGCAAUCGUCCAGUAAACGAAGAAAAUGCUUUUUACUUUGCUUGA